AUGGAAUCUACUUCGACAAAAAGCCCCGAUUGCUUGUCACUAGCACCUUCGUUGUCACCAUCUCCUAGGGGUCAUUUACAUUUCAUUCUUGAGGAGAAUGGACUAGAGCUUACUACAGAUGGAAGGUUCAUCCGCUGGUCGGCCUCGAAUCCCAAACAUCCGCGCAACUGGCGCAUGCCCCGAAAGAUAUACGACAGCAGUUUGAUUAUCUUUCUUGAUUUUUUCACGCAAGUUCUAUAUUCAAUUGCCUUUCAGGAAGUUCCUCGAUAUCUACUGGGUCAAUGCCUUGGGGGAAUCAUUUUUCCAUCGUUCUCAGAGGCCUUUGGGCGCAAAAGACUAUACAUCAUUAGCACUGGCUUGUACAGUGUCUUUUGUGUAGUUGUCGGUGUCUCGCCUUCUCUUGCCGGUAUCGCAGUCGGCCGUUUUUUCUCGGGGUUCUUGUCGGCUAUUCCGACUAUUGUCGUGGCUGGCAGUAUUGAAGAUUUGUAUAAUUCAAAAGACCGAAUCUGGAUGAUCUUCUUAUGGGCUAUGAUUACCAAUAUGGGCAUGUGUAUGGGACCAAUCAUCAGCACACAUAUCGCUGAGCACUUGGGAUGGCAAUGGGUGUUUCAUAUUGCAGCAAUUGUAACUGGCAUGUCACGACCCUCCCUAGUUCUCGUACGAGAAGUGGCCAAAGUGCGAAGUGAAACCGGCAUCGACACACUCCAAGCAUUGAACCCCGAUCAUACACCGGACGUGAAGACUUUCAUCCGCAUUGCACUAUUUCGUCCAAUUCAACUAUUUUUCACGGAGCCUAUUAUUUUCUUGGUCUCUACUAUCAGUGCAAUCGCGUUCGCCAUGGUCUAUCUUUUCACAGAAGCCUUGCCUCCGGUCUACCAGUCGAUGGGUUUCUCCAACGAAUCGUCUACUCUUCCAUUCAUGGCAAUAUGCAUUGGUCUAGUACUGGGACUACUUACCCGCAUCAAAGAUCAUCGAAAAAUCACACACGCCGAGGAGCAAGGCAUCGUACUAGAGCCGGAACAUAAACUCAUUGGCUUCUCAAUUGGAGCACCUUUGCUUGCUGGCGGGCUUUGGUGGUUUGCCUGGACUAUCCCUCCACUGGUCGACCAUGUCCACUGGAUCGUAUCGGCCAUAUCCUUGGUGUUCAUCGGGUACGCAUUGAAUGAGUUCGACACUGUACUUGGCGGAUAUCUCGCAGACAGCUAUUUGAGUUUCUCUGCCAGUGGAUUUGCAUCUCUGGCGCUUUUUCGCUCGCUGCUGUCAGCUGCCUUCCCACUCUUUGCCGCGGAUAUGUUUCAAGGACUUGGUGCAAAUGUAGCCUCGUCAAUUCUCGCGGCUUUGGCUACUUUGUUUUGUGUGGUGCCACCGCUGUUCACGAAGUACGGCAAGCAAAUUCGAGCUCGCAGUAAGUUUGCUCGAUAUAGUUUGGAGGUUUAUCAUGAAAACAGUGUCGAGAAAAACGGGCUUUAA